AUGACUCUUGAUGCUAAGAUCAUCCUGAAAUUCAAGGGACUCGGUGAAUGUAUCACCGAGGACAAUAAUGCUAGUGAGAAAGAUAGAUACAAAGCCAUCUUGAUCAUUCGCCAUCAUCUAACUGAGAGUCUCAAAGAUCAGUAUCUGACCAUUGAGAAUCCAUUAGACCUUUGGACAGAAUUGACAGCAAGAUAUGAUCACCAGAGAACAGUGAUCUUACCAAAGGUUAGGUAUGAUUGGAGGAAUCUCAGAAUCCAUGACGAUAAGUCUGUGGAUGAGUAUAACUCAGCCCUAUUUAAGAUUGUUUCUAAAUUGAAACUGUGUGGUGAGGAUAUAACGGAUAAGAAUAUGCUUGAGAAAACCUUUUCCACCUUCCACACAAGCAAUGUGUUGUUACAACAACACUACCGUGAGAAGGGCUUCACGACUUAUGCUAAUCCGAUCUCUUGUCUAUUGCUCGCUGAUAAAAACAAUGAAUUGUUGAUGAGAAACAGUGAAAUGAGACCUCCUGUGUGA